AGAAAAACGGCCUCAGGAGAAGACAAACAGAAGGACACCAAAACAAACACGGCAGAGAGACGCCACCAUGGCUCAAGCCAAGUUCGCCAUUUAUCCCAGCCUCGUGGACCGCACCGUCGUCAUCACGGGCGGUGCGCAGGGCAUUGCCGCCGACAUGGUCGAGCAAUUCUCCCUGCAGGGCUCGCAGGUCAUAUUUCUCGACGUCGAGGAUGAGCUUGCCGCGGCCUUGGUCCAAAAGGUGUCUGAUCAAGGCGUCAAGCACAAGCCCAUAUACCACCACUGCGAUGUCGUCAAGAUCGACGAGGAGCUCAAACCCACGGCCGCCAAGAUCCUGAAAGAGCACCCCAAGAUUGAUGGACUCGUGAACAGUGCUGCGAGGGCAAUGGUGAAACCGACGCAGGAGAUCACGACCGAGUGGUGGGAUGAGAGUGUUGCGGUGAAUCUGCGGCAUCAUUUCUUCUUGACGCAGGCUUUGCUGCCGGGGCUUCUCCUUGCCGCUGGAAACGCCUCGGUGAUCAACAUGGGGAGCAUCAACUGGGUCGUCUCUGCAACGGGUCAGGCGCCCUACACGACGAGCAAAGCCGCGGUUGUGGGACUGACGAGAACGCUGGCACAUGAGUUCGGACCGCGGGGCAUCAGGGUGAAUAGCAUCAUGCCGGGGUCUAUUGCAACGGAGCGGGAGAGGACAGUGGUGAUGACGCCCGAGUACGAGGCCAAGGUUCUAGGGAGCCAGGCGAUCAAGAGGCUGAUUGAGCCCGUGGAGGUGGCGAGGAUGGCCAUGUGGUUGAUUGCGGAUGAUAGUGCUGCGGUAACAAACCAGAGCAUGAGGAUCGAUGGUGGAUGGACAUGAACGGUAUCUUGAGUUACUUAUUACAUAGAUAUCGUCGGUUUUCAGAUGAUACGUUGAUCGCUGGAACACUGAUAUAGCAUGUAUAAGAAGGCUCCAUGACUUUAAUAAUAUUGAGAAGCUGAAACUUGGUAAUUAUACAAAGCAAG